CAGGCAGCUGACGUUUGCAAGCAGAGUGAAAACCACAGUUCCUGAGCCCGGGCUCGCUGACAUCUGAGAGGUGAUUGCAAUCUGGCACAGGAGGAUGAACCUGACAAAAUGGAAGAGGCCAUAAAGCAGGGAGUGUUUCAUGUUCAGCUGCAGCAGAAAUUUGGAAAGAAAUGGAGAAAGGUUUGGGUUUUGCUCUACGGCGAGAGCACUUGCUCCGUCGCUCGCCUGGAGUACUUCGAGUUCAAGGAGGCCGCCAGCAUGGCAGAGCGGCAAGGAACAAGAAAAAUGGAGAACAAAAAGGUCAUCAAGCUCAGCGACUGCAUUCGCAUCUCUGAGGCCCCGGGUGAGAGCUGCCCCAGUGAAUGCCGAUCGUUUCAUUUGGAAACGAUUGAAAAGCUGUUUGUCUUCGCCGUCGAGUCGUCAGAAUAUGAAGAUUGGAGCCGGAGCCUGUGUGAAUUGGCUUUUCCGAUGAAUUGGGGUGACUGGCCAAAGCUUAAUAAAAGCAAUGGUAAGCAGUGGUCAAAGAAGGGAAAAAACAACGCGGUGGCAAUGGAGGAGAACGCACUAUACGGCACUCGAAUGGCAGCAAAAGACUUCAGGGUCACAGUGAGGAAGACGGAAGCUGCAGACAGGUGUCGACUUCGAGGCACGUUCCUCCUCAAAGUACAGGCAGAUUGCUUAGAGCUGAAGGAUCUGAAAAAUGGAGAUGUCCACCACACCUGGCCGUACAGAUUUUUGAGACGCUUUGGACGAGACAAGAUGACAUUUUCCUUUGAGGCUGGGCGGCGAUGUGCAUCUGGAGAAGGCAAUUUUGAGUUUGAAACCAGACAAGGGAAUGAGAUUUUUCAUAUUAUUGAAUCUGCCAUCAAAGUGCAGAAGCAAAAGAGUGAGUUGGAUAAUCAGCAGUCUAGUAGUUUGGAUAAUGAAACUCAGAGUUCCAAACCUCUACCAAUCCCCGCUCAUGGGCCGGUAGAGGAGGUGGGCCAACAUGACUUGGAUGAAGAGCAAGGGCAACAAUCAACCAAGGUCAAAGUUGAAAUAUCAGGUGCCACUCUCCCUUCCCUGAGGUCUCUGUCGUUGGAGUCAGUCUGCAAUCCACCUUCCACAAAGUCAUCUUCCACAACCCCCUGGAGGCAGGCGGUGAAGAGUCACCACAGCUACCCAGAGGCCGGGUCCAUUGGAAAUCUGCCUCAGCUCCUGGAAAUCCAACAGACUUACUCUGAGGUGAGGGAUGUAGUUGGCAAGUCUGGUUCACGUGGAAAUGCAAAAGCAGCAACCAAAGCUCAAACGGGGAAGAAAUUACCAGAAAACCAAUGUGCACCAGAGUGUGAUUAUGCCAUCCCUUUCGAUGCUAUAGCAAAGACAUUGUACCUUCCAUCUUUAGGCUUACUGCCUGCCAUGCAACAGGACAAUCAGGUUCCUGAAAUGACAUUUUCUACAUUUUUACCUCCCAGUUCUCAAGAACUUGGAGACCCUCUCUACGAUACCAUAGAUGAAUGCAACUUCGAAGGGAACAGAAAUGCAUCUUCAUCCAGGUGCCUCCCCAAGGACCACAUCUAUGAUGAGCCGGAAGGGGUGGCUGCUCCUUCAGUCUAUGACAACCCAGAAGAGGUUAAAGGCCAUGCAUGGAAGCUUCAGGGCUUGGACUGUGACACACGAGGCCACGAGUACCCGUACAAUCCAAACAUGGAUGACUAUGCAGUGCCAAAAACCACAAAACAUGGCAUCGCCAAAAAGAAAUCGAGAGAGAGGUUGCACCAAAAGGACAGUGUUGGUGUUGAAUGCGAAUAUGACAACGUACUGUUAAAAACCUUGGAGAAGAAGGGAACCAAAUAAUUCGAGCGGGAGGUGGGGUGAGGGGCAGGUGUGCCAAUUCAAACCUUUGAUUGGAGGCAUGCUGAGGAGGCUUGGUGCUGGAGGGGACGUUUUGAGAUUUGGCCCCACAAU